CGACUUCCAUCUGCCCUUUAUAUUUCAUCACCCUCGCGUCCACGCAGGAAUUGCAGCUACCGUACACUACCAACACCUGCAACCAACUCGCCAUGUCUGAAAGAAUUAAAGCGACAGCGAAAGAGGAAGCUGAGCGCGUUCGCGAUCUCGCGACAGAGGCGGCUCGCUCAGGCGCAUACAUCUACCCGGUGAAGGGUAUCUACUACUUCAUCUCCCACCGCAGCCUGUGGAAGCCCCUCAUGUCGAAGCUAGCUCCCAUCAUCAGUACGGGCGUCGGCGUCACGACCUUCAUGUUCUUCUUCACAUACCUCCCUCAAGCCGCUAUCCUGGCUAUCUUCAACGGCCCUCUUGCGGCUCUCACUACCAUACUUCUUGUCCUCAGCGAAAGCUCCACCAUUUCGAAUAUCAUGAGUAGGACUUUGUUCAUUGAAGAUGCUCUCGUUGACACCUUCGAUGGGACUUUGGUUUCGCGCAACAUGACCUCCUUGGUUUCGGAGGGGCGGCAGCUCCGCCCUGGCAGCGACCCGAUGGGCAAACUCGGGAAGCUCCUUAAGAAGCCAUUCGCACGCUUCUCGCCAGACGCCAUAAUCCGAUACAUCAUCUACCUUCCCCUCAACUUCAUACCUGUCGUCGGUACAGUCUUGUUCGUCAUUCUCCAGGGUAGAAAGGCCGGCCCGAAUGCGCACACGAGGUACUUCCAGCUCAAGGGCAUGAACAACAGGCAGAAGGAGGAGUAUAUUGAACAGAGGAAGGCGGCUUACACAAGCUUUGGUGUCCCCGCCGUUCUGCUCGAGCUUAUCCCUAUUGCUGGCCUGUUCUUUGCUUUCACUAACACUGUGGGAGCGGCCCUGUGGGCCGCAGAUCUGGAGCAGCGUGGAACCACCGCCCCUGGUCUCAGAGACCAAGCGAAGAAAGCGGAAUGAUACGAUGGAGUGUCAUGCGGCUUGUAGCCUGACGGGAAGUAGCCUAUCAUUAUAGAACCACUUCAAUACCCAAUCGAUGAAAGUUUGC